UAACAGUUUUCGACGACCGAAAGGAGAAGAAGCAGCUACUAUCAGCGAAGUUGCUAACGCGCAAGCGCGUUCGUGCACGGAGAUUGUUGUGACAGACGCGAAUAGUCUGACAAACAAGGAACAAAACGUUACUGUAUCCGAUUUCGUACUGCUGAGUCAAGCCAUCCUAACGACGCAGUUGGUAUCAUUCAAAAUAAAAGUGGAGUAGAGAGUUUACCUUGAUUUGCAAUAAAACAGAGUGAAGAAGCGUUACGAUUCAGAUUCGUGGAAAAAUACGAAACAAAAUAAUCUAAGUGGUACGAAGUGUAGUAGACAUUGCUUUUCGAUUCGUCGAAAUUUCAUUAUUAUAAAAACAGAAAAAAAACGAAGAUCAUCUCCGCGACUAACACUAUGAAGUUCCAAUACAAAGAAGAACAUCCGUUCGAGAAGCGAAAGGCAGAAGGCGAAAAAAUACGUCGAAAGUAUCCUGAUCGAGUGCCAGUAAUUGUUGAAAAAGCACCGAAAGCGAAAAUCAGUGAUCUCGACAAACAAAAAUAUCUCGUUCCAUCGGAUUUGACGGUUGGACAAUUUUAUUUCCUCAUCCGAAAACGAAUCCACCUUCGUCCCGAAGAUGCAUUGUUCUUCUUCGUUAACAACAUUAUCCCUCCCACGAGUGCAACCAUGGGUUCUCUCUAUCAGGAACACCAUGAGGAAGACUUCUUCCUGUACAUUGCUUAUAGUGACGAGAACGUGUAUGGGCGCUAGAAAAAAAAUGCCUCGCGGAAGAGUAUGAACCUCCCUGGAAAAAAUAUGAGCAACAUAAAAAACGAUUAAACAUAUGAGAAAGAAAUAGCAGACGAUAUAAAAUCCUCGAAUCAUUCGCAGCAACGGCACCAUUUAUAAAUUAGGCUGAACACGUGCAUAAAUCUAUGAAUGAGAAGUGAAAGCUAUGAUUGCUCAUUCAAUGUAAUCCGCAAAUUUAGUAAAAAAAGGGAAGAGUAAGAGGGAUCUCGGUUGAAGUAAUUUUUUGUCGAUUAUCUGAAUAAAACUUAAAACAGGCAUAAUCUUUCGAAUUUAAUCAGGUUUAUAUUAAUAUUGUUGCUGGACAAAAAGAUAUUCCUCAUUUAUUUUAUUAUUUCGUUCCUUAAUUAUGUUCAAUAAGUACUGGCAUCACUGUAAAUUUUUACAUAUGGUUAUGAAAUGAGGGAUUUUGUCAUAUUUGACAGAGCAUUUAUGCUGUCGAUUGGAAUGGGUUCUCCAGUUAAUCGAAUUUAAAAAUAAAUUCAUAUUCUUGCUUCAAGAUUGUGAAUUGUUUCUUGAUACUAACCGUCAAAUCUUCAAUAAAAUUAAUGAAAACAACACAAGUAGUAUCACAUAGAAUAAUGGAAAUGAAUUUAUCCGUCUCUGAACACUGUUCGAUGAGUUUAAAAAGACAGUAACUAUUUAUGUUGAUCUUUUCUUUCAUUUACAUAUUUUCUUGUCAGAUUUUCAAAAUACAGACGAUAAUUUUUCUGGAAAAAUUCUUUCAACAUUUGACAACUCUUCACACAUUUUUCGAUCAAAUUCGAAGCUAAUAAGUUCGAAAUUAUUAUUGGAAUCGUGCUAAAUUGAAUCUUCGAGUCACAACGUUUUAAACAUGUUACAUAAAGAUAUCUGUAACGUUGGAUGUGAGUUCGUCAAUAAAAAUAUAAUAUAGAACUGA